UCUGUGGUUUCUCCUCUCCUUCCUCUCUCCCACUAUUUACAAAGAAGAAGAAAGAGGAAGGAAAGGCCAUCAUGGGAGGGAUCUGCUCCCAGGCCCCCACCCCUCUCCCCAGUCACUGGCUCUUCUACUUCUUCCUUUCUCUUCUUGGAUCCCUCCCUUUCUGAUCUGCCCUCCCAGGUCAAGUGGGUUUUGUUGGUGACUCUCCCUCCCUCCUCUGCAUUCUCCCUGUAGCCUCUUCUCCCCCUGCUUCCUGGUCCAGCUGAAUGCAUUUCCCCAUCCAAACUCUGUGUGCCCUGUGUGUCCCUGGGCCUGACCUGGCCUUCUUCCUUCUUCUUGUACCUGAUUCUUAGCCCCCACGCCCACAAAACCCCAUCUGCCUUGAACCGGAGACCACAAGGGAAGGAGAAGCUGCUUGUUCCCUUUAGGGCAUUGGGAGUCAUUACUGGGCUGGUGCCUCCCUGCCUGAGCAUCUGGCCAGUACCCGGGGGUGCCAUGGCCCCCACAGUCACUGCCCUGCUGUGCUUUGGACUGUGCUUGGGCCAAGGGAUCAGGGCUCUGGCAGAGCCACUCCCAAGACCCACCCUCCAUGCUGACCCAGGCCCUCUGGUCCCCUGGGAGACACCUGUCACCCUGAGGUGCCGGGGACAUCCCGAGGCUACUUGGUACAGGCUGAAGAAAGGAGAAACUACGAUUGAGGGUAAUCAAGGAAUUGGGGCAGAGGCGCAGUUCAACAUCUCCUACAUGAGCAAAUACACUGCAGGGCGUUUCCACUGCCUCUACUGGAUCGGGUCUGCCUCGUCAGAGCCCAGUGAGCCCAGUGAGCCCCUGGAUCUGGUGGUGACAGGCUACUACAGUCCGCCCCAGCUGUCAGCAGAGCCAAGCCAAGACUUAACCUGGGGACACAAUGUGACCCUCCGGUGUCACUCUUCCUGGGCAUUUAACCGCUUCGUGCUCUACAGAGAGGGAGGGGCCAACAGCUCUCCGUGGGGUGUCCGGCAGUCUCAGUCUGACUUCCUCAUCCCAGCUGUGGCCACCCCUCAUGAGGGAAAGUACAGCUGCUUCGUGUUUCACAGUCAACAUCCACACACUUGGUCGCUCCCCAGCGCCCCCCUGGAGCUCAGGGUCACAGAUGCUACCUCCCAGGAUUAUACCAAGGGCAAUCUCAUCCGCCUCAGCCUGGCUGGGCUCAUCCUUCUCAUCCUGGGAGUCCUGCUGGCAGAUGCCUGGCACACUGGAAGGAGGUACCAAGGAGCAGUCCUGGCCUCAUAAAGCAGGAAGGCAAAACUGGAGGCUAGGGCACAGGUGGACUCUUACAAGUCACUGAGUAUCUGGGAACAGUUCUGCCUAGCCUGGAGAGAGGAAGGGCCAGCACAUCAAUUCUAUAUGCCCAGGAGCCUGGCUCUGACUUUCCUUCCUGGCAACCCAGCCCUCCCCCUUCCUCUGCUUUCCUCCUCCCCCUCUGCUUCCUCCUCCUCUUUCUCCCCCUCUUCUUCUCCUUGAUCCCUACCAUCAGUUACGAAUCUUUAAGACAAAGAGAGCAGAUUUUUGUUUUUGGUUUGGGGAUCAUUUGGCCCACACCAGCUGAACUUAAUCCCAUCAGGAGCCCUCAGAACUCAGGGAGGCCAGGACCCCUCCCCACUUAGAGAGCAGGGUCUUUGGAAAGAACAGAAACCUCAGGGCCGACAAAGGGGUUGCUCCAAAGGGCAUUCCUUGAAAGCAACCUGGGCCAGUCUCCCGGCAUUCAACACAGAUUGUGGAGGAGGAGGUUUUCUGCUUCAGGGCUCAUUUGGCCCAAACCAGCUGAACCUAAUCCCAUCAGGAGCCCUCAAAGCCCAGGGAGGCCACGACCCCUCCCCCCUUAGAGAGCAGGGUCUUCUGAAAAAAACAGAAACCUAGAGGUGGAGUCAAGAUGGCAACCUAGAAAGAGCAUAGACCUGGAAGCCUGGCCAGAGCUUUGGAGAUCCUCCAUAUUUGCUCCAGCCAUCCAGGAAGUUUAGAACUCAGAGCAAACCCAGCCCAACCAAGCUGAACUUAAUCCCAUCAAAAGUCUCCAGAAUGCAGGGAAGCCCAAGCUCCCCACCCAUCCUCACUGACUGCUAGACUUUAAGCCAAUCAAAAGCCUCCAGAGGACAGGGAAGCUCAAACCCCCAACAAUCCUCCCCCAGAGACUACACCAAGAGAUCUUCUGUUAAAGCUCCAAGAGGGGAGACUGAUAGAAGUCCCCAAAAAACAAAAAAAUGAGAGUAACAAGAGCACAGACAAAUACAGGGAGUAAAGAAGGGGUGAAUUUGAGCAAACAACAGAAAAAGAAGAAAGAAACUACAAUAGACAGCUACUACUCAGCAAAUGGAACAGAGGGAGAGAGAUCAGCAAACGAUAAAUCAGAAACCCCAGCAAAUUGGAUACAGGCUGUGGAAGAACUCAAAACACAACUAAGAGAGGCUGAAGACAAUUGGGAAAAGAACUUAAAAAUUAAGAUAAGUCAUCUGGAAACAGAGGCACUUGAACUAAAAUGAGAAAAUGGCAUCUUGAAAGCCAAAAUCAACCAGCUGGAAAAUGAGGCAAAGGAGAUGAAAGACGAGGUAAAGAGGAUGAAAGACGAUCUUCAAAGAAAAUCAGACCAGAAGGAAAAGGAUGACCAAAAGGCCAGAGAUGAAAUCCAAUCUUUAAGAACUAGAAUAAAACAACUAGAAUCUCACAAGGUAGCAGGACACUAUAAAACAAAACAAAAAAAAUGAAAAAAUUGAGGAAAAUGUGAAGCAUCUCAUUCACAAAACAGACAAUUUAGAAAAUCGUUCAAGAAGAGACAAUUUAAGAAUAAUUGGACUACCAGAAGACCACGACAAAAGAAAAAGGCUGGACAUAAUACUAGAGGAAAUUAUCCAGGAAAACUGUCCCAAGAUUCUAGAACAAGAGGGGAAAGUGGAGAUUGAAAGAAUCCACAGAUCACCCCCUGUAUUUAAUCCCCAACUGACAACACCAAGAAAUGUUAUAGCCAAAUUCAAAAACAAUCAAAUGAAAGAAAAGAUAUUACAAGCUGCCAAGAAGAAGCCAUUCAGAUACCAUGGAAACACGGUGAGGUUAACACAGGAUCUGGCUGCAUCCACACUGAAGGACCAAAAGGCAUGGAAUACAAUAUUCUGGAAAGCAAGGGAACUAGGUCUAUAACCAAGAAUAAAAUACCCAUCAAAACUGACUAUAUUCUUACAGGGAAAAGUAUGGUCAUUCAACACAACAGAAGAGUUCCAAGCAUUCAUAAAUAAAAGACCAGACCUGAACAGAAAAUUUGAUGUCCAACCACAGAACUCAAGAGAAUCAUCAAAAGGUAAUUUAAAAAGAGGGGGGGAAAAACAAACAAAAAAACAACAAAAAAAUUUUAAGAGACUCAAUAAGUUAAAAUGAUAUGUAUCCCUAUAAGAAAAAAGUUCAUUGGCAACUCUUAAAAACUGUUGCGAUCACCUGAGCAGCUAGAAGAAUUACACUCAGAGGGAACAGUGACAAACUGUAUAGGAUGAAAGGACAAGACAUAAAUAGGUAUAUAGAUAUAUGCAUACAUAAAUACAUAUGCAUGUGUAUGUAUAUAUAUACAUGACUAGAGCUGAAAAAGAGAUUAUGACUAAAAGAAAUGGAAAAAGAAACAAAUGGGGGCAAAUUUAUAUGUCACAAAGAAGCUCAUGGCAGGAGGGGGGAGAACAUCGAUACACUGGAAGGGUAAAGAGGUUGGAGAUAGGAAAUACUCAACUCUUACGUACAUUGAAACUGACCCAAAGAGGGAAGAACAAUCCAAUCCAUUGGGGAAGAGAAUAGAUUUGCGCCCUAUAGGGGAGUAGAAGGGUAAA